AGGGUGUGAGUUGCGGACACAACGCCAUGAUGGAUCAAGCUAUAUCAGAUAUCAUCCAUGCUCAUCCUUUUGGCAAACAUCUGGAUAUGUUCCGCAAUUCGUUGAAUUCUUCUCAAUCCCUUGACACGGUCAGCAAUACAGGCCUCCAGAAUCUCGGGCUGCAGCUUCUAGGCUUGCUGCAGGUCCAUGAUGCCGCUCGUCUACUCCCUACCAAGAGCGGAAGAACUCUCUUCAACGAGCUUCCAAGACUCGUUUCGGCAAUCACUGACGACGACUUCGAUUUUGACCGCAUUAGACCACUCUUGAAUGCUGUGAUCACAAACAAACCCGAUAACUAGAUCUGGAAUCAGGCCUAUAAUGCCGUUCCCGAAUUUCCCCCACCACCUCGACCGGUUGUAUCCUCCCUCCAACAAACGCCGUGGCUUCGGAAUACUGACAGUUUCGUGAAUUCCUCUGAAUAUCGCAAAUACAUGGACGGCGCACUGAAAUAUGAACUCGGUGAUAUAUGCGUUAGUGUUCCUCGAUUCUACGCGACAUUUUUCGAAGGCGUGGCAGACCUUGAGACCGCAUCCAAGGCUAUUUUCAAGAAGUGUACGGAAGGAACUAGUCCACUUUUCUUUGACGAGUGGACUGGAUGGCCUCAAGAUGCAAAUGAG